AUGUCACCACAACACUCCAUCGUGUCUUCCACCCAUGCGAUCCAAAAAUCCAUGAACAGACCUAUAAUAUGGCGCAAUGCGCCCGCUCCAACUCUGGUCAGAUAUACGUACCGCAAGCAACAACCCAUAGUCCAAUGUCGGAGCUUCACUUAUAGUCGCUGCGUUGGUCGUGAAUUUGACCCCAGGAUAAAAGCCGUGGGUAGGGCGAUAUCCGAUGACUACGCUCUAAUACGAGAGAAAUACGGUAGAUUCUCCAAAUCCUGGUUUCUUGCUUGGGGAAAUCUCACUGAUAAUCACGCAACAGAUACCCCAAAAUACCCCAUCGUCCUCGCUCAUGGCCUGUUUGGCUUUGCCGAACUGAGCCUUUCUCCCUACUUCCCAUCAGUAGAGUACUGGCAUGGCAUUCGCGAUGCCCUCACUGCGCAAGGCGCUACCGUUCUGACUCCUGCCGUUCCUCCGUCGUCUUCAAUUGCCGAUCGCGCCGCUGCCCUCCGUUCCGCCCUUGAAGCGCACGCUCCGGCGCCUGAGGCUGUCACCAUCGUCGCACACAGCAUGGGCGGCCUUGACGCCCGAUACAUGCUGUCGCAUCUUGAGCCUCUCCCCGUCCGCGUCGCAGCGCUCGUCACCGUUGCCACCCCGCACCGAGGCAGCGCCUUUGCGGACUAUCUUCUUGACGAGGAGGUCUCGCCGGUACACCAUUACUUGCCCCAGCUGUACAAGACGCUUGAGAGAGCGGGUCUGGGCACAGCGGCUUUUUCGCAGUUGACGAGACGGUACAUGGCGGAGGAGUUCAAUCCAAGCACGCCGGACCAACCCGACGUACGGUACUUUUCCUACGGAGCGGCAGUGGAGCGACCGGCGCUGUUGAGUCCGUUCCGGCACCCACACGCCGUCAUGACGCAAGCGGAGGGACCCAACGACGGGCUUGUGAGCGUGGAGAGUAGUUCCUGGGGUACAUAUAAAGGCACACUGCUUGGUGUGAGUCACUUGGAUCUUAUCAACUGGUCUAAUCGUGUAGGGUGGACGGUUCGGGAGUGGAUGGGGAUCAAGAAGAAUUUCAACGCGAUCGCAUUUUACCUUGACAUAGCAGACAUGUUAGCCAAGGAGGGUUUUUAA